CGAUCAGAUAUUUCAACGAUAAACUUGUAGUACCCAUUUUUAAAACAACAAAUAUGAUCGCUUUCAAAAUAGUUACAUGCUUCUAACAAUUCGAUUGUUACACCAUUUUCGUGAUACUACCCUUAAUUGUCCACCCUGUCACUGAAAUGUUUUGAGCUGUCAAAUUGUAACCUUUGACAUUUAAUCGCACAUCCCUUCGCCGUGCACGGCAAAAAAUAGUUUGUUUAUCAAUCAAAAUCGUGAUUGAACGUGUCAUAAUGUCCGACUGGGAUACUGUUACAGUACUAAAGAAGCGCGCCCCCAAGGCGUCCACGAUGAAAAGCGAACAGGCGGUCAACAACGCACGGCGCUCCGGGGCGGCCGUCGACACACAGCAAAAAUGGGGUGCUGGCAGCAACAAGCAACACGUCGCCACGAAAAACACGGCCAAACUCGACCGAGAAACGGAGGAAUUGCGCCAUGAACACAUCUCCUUAGACAUUGGCAAGUUAAUCCAACAAGGAAGACAAGCCAGGAACCUUUCCCAGAAAGACCUUGCGACUAAAAUCAAUGAGAAGCCGCAGGUUAUUACCGAUUACGAAGCGGGCCGCGGAUUGCCAAAUAAUAUAAUCCUCGGGAAGAUCGAGCGCGCCAUCGGGUUGAAAUUGCGCGGUAAGGAUCGCGGGAAACCGGUGCAGCUGCCGCCCGGCAAGGGCAACAAGUAGAGGGGCCGGCCUCCACCUGGAUGGCCGGCAUAGGCGCUCUUUCGCCCUCACCACACAGAAGGUAUGAUAUCUCUUGUAAUCCACUCAGUUUGUAGAGUCUUGCAUUUACAUAUUACAUCAAAACGACACUCGAUGCAAUUGAUUUUGCGAUUCGCCCGCGAUGAUGAUGAUGAUGAAAGUGCGCGCGUGUUUCUUGUUUUGGUUUUUCGUUGCCAUAUGUCUCGAAUCGUAAACUCGCACCGGUGAAGCAGUCAUGUAGCUGGCGAGAGAAUCCUUUAAUAAAUGUUUGUAUUUAACGUGUACGCACUUACAAUGUACCAAGUAAAUGUUUAUCAAGAGGAGAAAAUAUGAGAAAAAUUGUGAUAACUUAAAA